UUUCCCUCUGAAAAGUGAAAACCGUUUUCUCUGCUUUUUUUCGCCAAACAGAUCUUCGCGCCAACGACACAGAACAACACAAACACAUCGCUUCUUCCCUUUUUCUUUUUCUCUAAUUUCUGUUUCUAUUCCGGCGUCGUUCUGUCUCAGACGCAAAACACGCACGGCCUGGGUUUGAUUGAUUUGCGGUUGAAAAACCUAGAUCUAACGUGAAACAAAAUUUGAAAAAAAAAAUUAAAAUCUAUAACAGAAAACACAUCGUUUUUUCUCUCGGAAAAAUUUUCCGUGUACGGAAAAUCUGAACGAAACGAUGUCGUCUUCUUCACUUUCGUUCGCAGCGGCUCCGGCUUGGUCUGCGUGCACUCUACCGUCGAAUAUCGCAAGCAGCAGGACGCAGUUCAAUGUGCGAACUGUGGCGAAGGCGAAACCGAAGAGCUUCUUCGGUACUCGUUUGCGUUCGAGCUGCAGGUCACUCGGUUCGGAGCGGCUGCACGUGUGGCGGUCGCAGGGGCCAGGGAGGUCGCCGGAGCUGAGGGUGGUGGUCCGGUCGGCAUUGUCUGCUGUACCGGAGAAGCCGAUGGGGCUUUACGAUCCAGCUAUGGAUAAGGACUCAUGCGGAGUGGGGUUCGUAGCGGAGCUGUCCGGCGAGGGCAACCGUAAAACGGUGACAGAUGCUUUGGAGAUGUUGGUGCGCAUGACGCACAGGGGAGCUUGCGGGUGCGAAGCAAACACUGGAGACGGAGCCGGGAUUCUUGUGGCUCUACCUCACCAGUUUUACACGGAGGUCGUGGAUUUUGAGCUUCCACCUCCUGGAAAAUAUGCAGUUGGCAUGUUUUUCUUGCCCACCUCCGACAGUCGUAGGGAAGAGAGCAAAAAUGUAUUUAGGAAGGUUGCCGAAUCACUGGGCCACUCUGUUCUUGGCUGGCGUUCUGUGCCCACUGAUAAUACAGGAUUGGGCAAAUCGGCCCUGCAGACCGAACCAGUGAUUGAACAAGUGUUUCUUACGCCAAGCACCAAAUCAAAACUUGAUUUGGAAAGACAGAUGUACAUAUUAAGGAAGCUUUCAGAUGCCGCUAUAACAUCAGCUUUAGAUCUCCAUAGUGAUGGCAUUGCUGAUUUUUAUACAUGUUCACUUUCAUCAAGGACUGUUGUUUAUAAAGGUCAGUUAACACCAGCUCAGUUGAAGGGUUACUACUUUGCAGACCUUGGCAAUGAAAGGUUUACGAGCUACAUGGCCCUGAUACAUUCACGAUUCUCAACUAAUACUUUUCCUAGUUGGGAUCGUGCUCAACCAAUGCGAGUUUUGGGCCACAAUGGAGAAAUCAACACACUUAGAGGCAAUGUUAACUGGAUGAAGGCACGUGAGGGCCUACUAAAGUGCAAGGAGCUUGGUCUAUCCGAGAAUGAGUUAAAGAAGCUUUUGCCCAUUGUGAAUACAACUUCAUCUGAUUCAGGUGCUUUUGAUGGCGUGCUCGAGUUUUUGGUUCAGUCUGGAAAAAGUCUUCCUGAAGCUGUCAUGAUGAUGAUCCCUGAAGCAUGGCAAAAUGACAAGAACAUGGAUCCCCAGCGGAAAGCAUUUUACGAGUAUUUCUCGGCUCUCAUGGAGCCAUGGGAUGGGCCUGCUCUUAUAUCAUUUACUGAUGGUCACUAUCUUGGAGCAACAUUGGAUAGGAAUGGUCUGCGGCCAGGCCGCUUUUAUGUCACUCACAGUGGACGAGUUAUAAUGGCAAGUGAAGUUGGGGUUGUAGACAUUCCUCCUGAAGACGUUUGUAGGAAAGGAAGACUAAAUCCUGGCAUGAUGCUUCUAGUAGAUUUUGAGAAGCAUGCUGUUGUGAAUGAUGAUGCCUUGAAGGAACAGUACUCUUUGUCACGGCCUUAUGGGGAGUGGCUCAAAAAUCAGAAGAUUCAGCUCCAAGACAUAGUUGACUCUGUUCAUGAAUCUGAAAGAGUGCCUCCAAGCAUAGCCGGGGUGAUUCCAGCAUCUGGGGAUGAUGCAGAUAUGGAAAAUAUGGGAAUUCAUGGUUUGCUGACUCCAUUGAAAGCUUUUGGAUAUACAGUUGAAUCCUUGGAGAUGUUAUUACUUCCCAUGGCAAAGGAUGGUACAGAAGCCCUUGGUUCAAUGGGAAAUGAUACUCCACUAGCUGUCAUGUCUAACCGGGAGAAGCUUACUUUUGAGUACUUCAAGCAAAUGUUUGCCCAAGUGACAAACCCACCUAUUGAUCCUAUUCGUGAGAAAAUAGUCACUUCCAUGGAAUGUAUGGUUGGUCCAGAAGGGGACCCGACAGAAAUUACUGAGGAACAAUGCCACCGUCUUUCACUAAAAGGCCCUCUUUUAUCCAUUGAACAAAUGGAAGCCAUUAAAAAGAUGAAUUAUAGGGGAUGGCGGAGCAAAGUGAUAGACAUCACAUACUCAAAGGAUCGUGGUAAGAAAGGGUUGGACGAAGCUUUGGACAGGAUAUGUGCAGAAGCACAUGAUGCAAUUAAUGCUGGCUACACCACCCUUGUGCUGUCUGAUAGAGCCUUCUCAAGGAAACUCUGCACGCUUGUUGGUUUUGGUGCUGAUGCUAUAUGCCCAUAUUUGGCUAUAGAGACAAUCUGGCGACUGCAAGUUGAUGGAAAGAUCCCCCCAAAAGCUGGUGGGGAAUUCUACUCAAAAGGUGAAUUGGUCAAGAAGUACUUCAAAGCAAGCAACUAUGGAAUGAUGAAGGUCCUUGCGAAGAUGGGAAUAUCUACUUUGGCCUCUUACAAAGGUGCUCAGAUUUUUGAAGCUCUGGGUCUUUCCUCAGAAGUAAUUGAAAGGUGCUUUGCCGGAACCCCAAGCCGAGUUGAGGGGGCAACAUUUGAGAUGCUUGCUCGCGAUGCUCUUAAAUUGCAUGAAUUGGCAUUUCCUCCUCGUGUUUUCUCUCCUGGGAGUGCUGAAGCUGUUGCUUUGCCAAAUCCUGGCGAUUACCACUGGAGAAAAGGUGGUGAAAUUCACUUGAAUGAUCCACUUGCUAUAGCAAAGCUUCAAGAGGCUGCCAGAACUAACAGUGUAGAUGCAUAUAAACAGUACUCCAAGAUCAUUCAUGAGUUAAAUAAGGCUUGCAACUUGCGAGGAAUACUGAAAUUUAAAGAGGCAGCAGUGAAGAUUUCACUUGAUGAAGUUGAACCUGCUAGUGAGAUAGUUAAACGAUUUUGCACUGGGGCCAUGAGUUAUGGGUCAAUCUCAUUGGAGGCGCACACAACAUUGGCAACUGCUAUGAAUAAGAUUGGAGGGAAAUCCAACACAGGUGAGGGUGGUGAGCAACCAUCACGCAUGGAGCCUCUUCCUGAUGGCUCAAUGAACCCAAAAAGAAGUGCUAUCAAGCAGGUUGCUAGUGGGAGAUUUGGUGUUUCAAGUUACUAUCUUACAAAUGCUGAUGAAUUGCAGAUAAAGAUGGCCCAGGGAGCUAAACCAGGAGAGGGAGGUGAACUUCCUGGCCACAAGGUUGUAGGAGACAUUGCUGUCACCAGGAAUUCAACUCCUGGGGUAGGACUUAUCAGCCCACCUCCUCAUCACGAUAUUUAUUCCAUUGAAGAUCUUGCCCAAUUAAUUCAUGAUCUAAAGAAUGCCAACCCGGCUGCUCGAAUUAGUGUCAAGUUGGUAUCAGAAGCUGGAGUAGGCAUAAUUGCUAGUGGAGUUGUUAAAGGGCAUGCUGACCAUGUCUUGAUCUCCGGCCAUGAUGGAGGGACAGGGGCAUCCAGGUGGACUGGCAUAAAGAAUGCUGGGCUCCCUUGGGAACUUGGCUUGGCCGAGACCCACCAAACUUUGGUAGCUAAUGACCUCCGUGGUCGCACAACUCUCCAAACUGAUGGGCAACUCAAAACAGGAAGAGAUGUGGCCAUAGCUGCUCUCCUUGGUGCAGAAGAGUUUGGUUUCAGUACAGCUCCACUCAUUACUCUCGGUUGCAUUAUGAUGCGGAAGUGCCACAAGAAUACCUGUCCUGUUGGCAUUGCUACCCAAGAUCCAGUACUCAGAGAAAAGUUUGCUGGAGAACCUGAGCAUGUCAUCAACUUCUUCUUCAUGGUUGCUGAAGAGAUGAGAGAAAUUAUGGCCCAGCUUGGGUUUAGGACUGUCAAUGAGAUGGUUGGCCGUUCAGACAUGCUUGAAGUUGAUAAAGAAGUCACUAAGACCAGUGAGAAAUUGCAGAACAUUGAUCUCUCUCUAUUGCUUAGACCUGCAGCUGAACUGCGGCCAGAAGCUGCUCAAUACUGUGUGCAAAAACAAGAUCAUGGUUUGGACAUGGCUUUGGAUAAUAAGCUCAUUGGUUUGUCCCAUGCUGCUUUGGAGAAGGGUCUCCCAGUAUACAUUGAAAGUCCAAUUUAUAAUGUGAACCGUGCUGUGGGAACUAUGCUUAGCCAUGAGGUGACCAAAAGGUACCUCUUAGAUGGUCUUCCAAAUGACACCAUUCAUAUCAGAUUUACAGGAAGCGCAGGCCAGAGCUUUGGUGCAUUCCUUUGUCCUGGUAUCACUCUGGAACUUGAAGGCGAUAGCAAUGAUUAUGUUGGUAAAGGGUUGUCUGGCGGCAAGAUUGUAGUAUAUCCUCCAAAGAAGAGUACCUUUGACCCAAAGACUAAUAUUGUAAUUGGUAAUGUGGCACUCUAUGGAGCUACACGUGGUGAGGCAUAUUUCAAUGGGAUGGCCGCAGAGAGAUUUUGUGUGCGUAAUUCUGGGGCUAAGGCGGUAGUUGAAGGCGUUGGAGAUCAUGGAUGCGAGUAUAUGACUGGUGGGAUAGUAGUUGUCCUUGGAAACACUGGUCGAAAUUUUGCGGCAGGAAUGAGUGGUGGAAUUGCUUACGUUCUUGAUAUGGAUGGAAAAUUCCAAUCUCGAUGCAACCAGGAACUUGUAGAUUUGGACAAGGUUGAGGAGGAGGAGGAUAUUAUUACUCUUAGAAUGUUGAUACAACAACAUCAGCGUCACACAGAUAGCGUGCUUGCCAAAGAAGUGCUUUCUGACUUUGAAAAUCUUCUUCCAAAAUUUAUCAAGGUGUUCCCCAGGGAGUACAAACGUGUUUUGGCUGGUAUGAAGUCAAAGGAAGCCUCCAAAAACGCAUCUUCGCCUGCUGCAAUUGCAGAAGAGGGGCCAGAUGAAGCAGAACUGAAUGAGAAAGAUGCUUUUGAAGAGCUUAAGAAAAUGGCUGCUGCAUCUUCAAAUGGGAAGCCAAGUCAGAAGGUUGAACAGGCUGAAUCAUCCAAGAGACCAAGUAGAGUCACUGAUGCAGUUAAACAUAGAGGUUUUGUUGCUUAUGAGCGUGAAGGUGUUCAGUAUAGGGAUCCUAAUGUUCGGAUGAACGAUUGGAAGGAAGUGAUGGAGGAGUCGAAGCCUGGCCCACUUCUGAAAACCCAGUCAGCCCGUUGCAUGGACUGUGGUACUCCUUUCUGUCAUCAGGAAAAUUCUGGAUGUCCUCUUGGAAAUAAAAUACCAGAGUUUAAUGAGUUAGUAUACCAAAAUAGGUGGCGCGAGGCAUUGGAAAGGCUUCUUGAGACAAAUAACUUCCCCGAGUUCACUGGUCGGGUGUGCCCAGCACCCUGUGAAGGUUCUUGUGUCCUUGGCAUUAUUGAGAAUCCAGUGUCUAUUAAAAGCAUUGAAUGUGCUAUCAUAGACAAGGGAUUUGAGGAGGGUUGGAUGGUGCCACGGCCUCCCCCCAAAAGAACUGGGAGAAGAGUUGCCAUUGUUGGAAGCGGACCAGCUGGGUUGGCAGCUGCUGAUCAACUGAAUAAAAUGGGACACACAGUAACUGUGUAUGAGAGAGCCGACAGGAUUGGAGGGCUUAUGAUGUAUGGGGUUCCCAACAUGAAAACAGACAAGGUGGAUAUAGUUCAACGACGGGUCAACCUUAUGGCAGAGGAGGGAGUCAAUUUUAUGGUGAAUGCGAAUGUUGGACAUGAUCCUAUGUACUCUCUUGGUCGGCUUCAAGAGGAAAAUGAUGCUAUUGUGUUAGCUGUCGGAGCUACGAAACCAAGGGAUCUUCCUGUUCCUGGGCGGGAGUUGUCAGGAGUUCAUUUUGCCAUGGAGUUUCUUCAUGCAAACACUAAAAGCUUGCUUGACAGCAAUCUACAAGAUGGUAACUACAUUUCUGCAAAGGGCAAAAAAGUUGUGGUCAUUGGUGGGGGUGAUACGGGCACAGAUUGCAUAGGGACAUCCAUUCGUCAUGGGUGUAGUAGCAUAGUAAACCUUGAACUUCUCCCACAGCCACCCGAAACUAGGGCACCAGGCAACCCUUGGCCACAGUGGCCUCGCGUAUUCCGUAUAGAUUACGGGCACCAAGAAGCUGCAGCUAAAUUUGGCAAAGAUCCAAGAUCUUAUGAGGUAUUGACUAAGCGGUUUGUGGGAGAUGAGAAUGGAGUUUUGAAGGGACUUGAAGUCAUACGAGUCCGCUGGGAGAAGGAUGAGACAGGGAAGUUUCAGUUUAAGGAAAUUGAGGGCAGUGAGGAAAUCAUUGAGGCUGAUCUAGUGUUACUUGCCAUGGGAUUCCUUGGCCCUGAAUCUACAAUUGCAGAGAAAUUGGGUAUGGAGCGAGACAACAGGUCAAACUUCAAGGCAGAUUAUGGUCGCUUCUCAACCAGUGUGAAAGGUGUCUUUGCAGCUGGCGAUUGUCGCCGUGGCCAGUCCCUCGUGGUAUGGGCAAUUUCGGAGGGACGCCAAGCUGCUUCACAAGUUGAUAGGUACCUCACGAAAGAAGACACAGAGUACAACAUCGCUCAUACCAAGAGGCAGCAGCAAGACCUCGCCAAGAGACAACAGGGCGGUAGCAAGUACACAGUGAUGACUUAAAAGAACUCUCACCUGUGAUUUUUUUCCCCUUUCGUUUCAUACAGUAGCAGACUAGCAGACAGAGAAUAAGAAUAAGAUGGUUCCAAGAUUGAGCAGGGUUUCUUUUUGUUUUACCAUAGGCAUUAUUAUUAUUGGUUAGUAGUAGUUGACGCACACCAAUAAGGAGAAAAAUUAGGAAGCUAGGAUUGUAGUAUAAUCAGAGCAAGAGGUUAGUCUUGCUGUUUGGUCGCUCAAGGGUACAAGGUGAUUUCAUUCAAAUCUUGUUCAUAGUUUUGAUGUGUUUGGAAAGGCAAGCUGUUAGCUAAUUAUUAUUAUUAUUAUUGUAUUGUGUGAAAUGAAAUGUACAGUUUGGAAAUUUAUUAUUGAUUUUAGAUUUGAUGUUUCCUUUA